AUAGUCUAGGCAUGCUUACGAAGGCCUAGGUUUAACAAUGCUUUAUUAGCAGAAGUGCUAGCAAAUUGUGCUAGUCUACAAUUAACCAGUGGGGAUGUCGAACUUCAACAGUAAGGUUGUUUAAAGAAACAAAUGGUUAUGUAUCCAUAUUUUCUUUUAGAUAGAAAAAUUUUUGCAAGGUGUCCUGAUAACCCUUCUCCCAAAUCUUCUGAUUUUCCUAAGAAUUGAGAUUCACGGUAGAGUUAUGGUAGUAUAGAUAUUACACAUGCAGUUUGGAAGGCUGUUUGAUUUUGAGAUUUUCACUUGUGUUUAUGUAAUUGUUCCAACUAAAAGUUUUGAAUUAGAAUGUUAUAAACAUGGAAAAUUGCUUCUUGAAAUAUUAAGUAUGGAAUAGAAUUCAAGCUUUUUAACAAUAAAUUAUACUUUUUCAGGGCACAGGUGCAGCAAGUUUUGAUGAAUUUGGAAAUUCAAAGUAUCAGAAUCGCAGGACUAUGAGCAGCUCUGAUCGAGCAAUGAUGAAUGCUUUUAGAGAAAUUACUAACAUGGCAGACAGAAUCAACCUUCCCAGAAAUAUAGUUGAUCGAACAAAUAACUUAUUCAAGCAAGUGUAUGAGCAGAAGAGCCUGAAGGGGAGAAGUAAUGAUGCCAUUGCUUCUGCUUGUCUCUAUAUAGCCUGUAGACAAGAGGGUGUUCCUAGAACAUUUAAAGAAAUAUGUGCAGUGUCCAGGAUUUCAAAAAAAGAAAUAGGUCGGUGUUUUAAGCUUAUUUUGAAGGCUCUGGAAACCAGUGUGGAUUUGAUCACAACUGGUGAUUUUAUGUCAAGAUUUUGUUCAAAUCUGGGUCUUCCUAAACAAGUACAGAUGGCAGCGACACACAUAGCACGUAAAGCUGUGGAGUUAGACUUGGUUCCUGGGAGGAGUCCGAUUUCUGUAGCAGCUGCAGCUAUUUAUAUGGCAUCACAAGCCUCAGCAGAGAAAAGGACUCAGAAAGAAAUAGGAGAUAUUGCUGGUGUUGCUGAUGUUACAAUCCGACAAUCUUAUAGACUUAUCUAUCCACGAGCUCCAGAUCUCUUCCCAGCAGACUUCAAAUUUGACACCCCUGUGGACAAACUACCGCAGCUGUGAAAUUGCUAAGGUUACAUUUAAUUUCUAAAGAACAUUUUGAUUUUUGCCUGUAAUAAAGGAUGUGUAUAUAAAAGUGUUGCUACUGAGCCUUUGUAUUGUGGAACUAGAGGAGGCUUUGAAAAUCAAACUGCUGGAACACAGCACACAUUCCAAGGGUAAACAAAAUAAUUGUGUGGCAUUUUGUAUGUAUAUAUUAGUGGAAGUAAAUAUUUAAUGACUGUUGGAACAAGUUAAAUUUCAUAUUAUACUUUAGAUUUCUUUUGUAGGGAAUCUAGUAAAAUGUAUUUUGGAAAACAAUUGAAAUUAUGUAAUUCCCAAAUAAACUUUUCCAAAACGUU